AUGGGGCUUUCUGAAGUGGGUGCCAACGAGAAUCAAUGGAACUACGACGUGAAGGAUCUCAAGGAGGAGGUUCCUGAAGCCUUUGAUCCUUUUGGGUCGGAGGAGACAGCGGAAGUGCAGUACAAGACAUUGGAGUGGUGGCAAUGCGGAACUCUCAUGGUCGCAGAAACCGUCUCAGUCGGCGUCCUCUCCAUCCCCGCAACGCUUGCUACGAUUGGACUCGUCCCCGGAAUUAUUCUGAUCAUCGUCCUUGGUCUUAUCACCACCUACACCGGAUAUGUUAUUGGUCAAUUCAGGCAACGGUAUCCUUCCGUCCACAGCAUGGCUGAUGCUGCCGGCGUGGUUUUCGGUCCCUUGGGCCGUGAGAUUUUUGGCGUUGCGCAAUUUGUUUUCUUCAUCUUCGCCGCAGGCAGUCAUCUGCUCACCUGGACGGUCAUGAUGAACACUCUGACUGACCACGGGACAUGCACCGUCGUGUUUGGAGUGAUUGGCAUGGUUGUGUCUCUGGUUUGUGCUUUGCCAAGGACGAUGAAGAAUAUCUCGUGGCUUGCGGCGACUUCUUUCCUCAGUAUCUUUACCGCCGUCUUCAUCACGAUGAUCGGAGUCGGAGUCGAACGUCCUGGCGACGGAAAGAUCGAUAUUUUCCGGCAGACGAGCUUUGUCAACGGCUUCACUGCUGUCACCAACAUCGUUUUCGCGUACUGUGGUCAUGCCGCGUUUUUCGGUGUCAUCGCUGAAAUGAAAAAUCCCCGCGACUUCCCCAAGGCAGUUGCCAUGUUGCAGGGCUUCGAAAUCGUCUUUUACACCGUUGCUUCCAUCGUUAUCUACCGAUAUGCGGGGCAGGGCGUAGCUUCGCCUGCUCUGGGCUCUACCGGUCCUGUUCUCCGAAAGGUUGCAUACGGCAUUGCUAUCCCGACAAUUGUCAUCGGAGGUGUCGUCAACGGUCAUAUCGCUGUUAAGAAUGUCUAUGUCCGCAUCUUCCGUGGAUCGGAUACCAUGCACAAGCGCAGUUUCAAGGCAACUUCGACUUGGUUCGGCCUGAACCUGACUUUCUGGAUCAUUGCUUGGGUUAUUGCCGAGGCCAUUCCAGUGUUCAACAACUUGCUUAGCUUGGUUAGCGCGCUUUUCGCAAGUUGGUUCUCUUUCGGCUUUGGUGGAAUUUUCUGGCUCUACCUGAACAAGGGCAACUACUUUUCCUCGACGAGAAAGACUUGCCUCACCAUCGUCAAUGUCGGCGUUCUCGGUGUUGGUAUCACCAUCUGUGCUCUGGGCCUGUGGGUGUCCGGAUUGGCGAUCCAUAAAGAUGGAUCGAAAGCUAGUUUCUCAUGCGCAAAUAAUGCGAUUUAG